UUUCAUCUAAGGGCAUUAUAACAAUAAAAAAAAUCAAAACAAAAAUGAGAUUUCGACAAGCGCAGUCUAGCAGACGAAAAAAUGUCUCCAGUCUCGGCUCUCGAUUGACAGCAGACAUUUUAUAGCAGACAAAAAAAAAGAGAGAAUAGAAAAAGAAGACAGUCAAAGUCAAGAGCACGUGGUCGUCUGCCAAGUGCGAAAUAUCUAUCGAUGGCUCUCGAGUGAAUUGCGUUUCGGAGCAUAGGUGUAGUUUCUCGAAUCACACCCCAUCCAUUAUCAUUAAAAAACGAACGGAUGACUUCUGGUGUCUGUUCCUUGCAAAUUGACCUAUCUAUUCUAGACAAAUCAAUCAAACGCAAGCAAGCUAACGUCUUAUAUAUGUGUAAUCGUACUAUUACAUGCGUAGCUGUAAUAGUGGGGACGGUCGCACCGCAGCAGCUCUAAUUACGUUCAAAUUUUCGUACAUAACACCGAAAAGCAGUUUUGACAGCGCAUGUGUAUAUGUGUUGUGUGCCUCAUUAUUAAAUUACCCCUUGUUAUCUACGAUCGUACGAUCUUGGAGCCAUCAUAAUCGUUUACAUGCAGAGCAUCAAUUGGAAAUACGUAGCGCAACGCGUUAGGCCGUCAUUACUACUCACCAUCGUCAGUGGCAGCAGCAGACCAGUCCAGCCGCCCAUCUCCGUGACCGUAGCACCUGCUGUAGUAGCUCAUUAUAGUAAUUGCCCAGCUUUGAUCGCUGAGACUUGGAAAGUUGCCGCAGGCAACAACGUGGUUAGCUCAGUUCGACUUUGGACACAGCAUCGAUCACUGCAACUAGCACCUACUCGUCCUGCCUGCACUGCAACUGCUGUACUGCUGAUAAAGAAGAGGCUGAAAUCGACUACUCGUUUCGUCGCUGCUUAUACAGCUGCUGCUGCUGCUUAUAGCUGCCGCGGACUCGUCUCGGUGCGCAGUAUAAAAUUGCAGCCGAGCGUGCAAUUGCCACAGUUGAGAUUGUACCACGGCUGCAGCAAUAAAGAAUCGUCGACGCUGAUAAACGGCGCGAUGGCGGAUAUCACGAUAAACAUGGGCACCACGCGCAAGCUCUCCAUGGGCAUCAACGGCAAGCUGAACGGCGUCGAGGCCAAGACGCCCUUCCUCAUCGGCGUCUCGGGCGGCACGGCCAGCGGCAAGUCGACUGUUUGCCAAAGGAUUAUGGAAAAGUUAGGUCAAGUCGAUAAAGACCAUAAAGAGAGACAAGUUGUCUGCAUAUCGCAGGACAGCUUUUACAGAGAUCUCACGCCAUCAGAAAAGAUCAAGGCUGAGAAGGGACAAUUCAACUUUGAUCAUCCCGAUGCGUUUGACAAUGAUCUUAUUCUGCAGACUCUUCAGGAUAUAUUGGCUGGAAAGAAAUGUGAAAUCCCAGUAUACGACUACAAGACCAAUAGCAUAAUCCCGAACCAGACAACCACAAUUUAUCCUGCUGAUGUUGUGCUUUUCGAAGGAAUCCUUGUAUUUUAUUUUUCAAAUAUAAGGGAUCUAUUUCACAUGAAAUUAUUCGUUGAUACGAACUCUGAUACCAGGCUGGAGCGGAGAGUACCGCGAGACGUCAAAGAGAGAGGGCGAGAUCUGGAUUAUGUAUUGAAUCAAUACCUAAAUUUCGUCAAGCCAGCGUUUGAAGAAUUUUGCUUGCCUACGAAAAAAUUUGCUGAUGUCAUAAUUCCUCGCGGAGCUGACAAUACAGUGGCGAUAGACCUUAUAGUGCACCACAUCUGGGACAUUUUGCAUAUUAAAAAUGGGGAAAUCGCAUAUCAGCAACAUCCAUACUUCGAGCAUAGACGAGCAUCAACAUCAUCAGAUGGACUAAGCAGAUGAUUGACAUAUUAUUAAAUAUGAUCAGUUGCUUUUAAUCUGUUGUUUUUAAUUCAUUUUCAUAUUGCACAGUCUUUUUUUAGCAUUUUAAAUGAAUAAAAUUUUCAUGCAUGCAAACUUUAAUUACUAAUCUUUGUACGUUGAAAACUUUUUGUGGAUAAAAUCUUGCGUUUAAUCAUAAGGAAAAAUCAUGAUACCUAAGUAGAUAUUACCUAUAGCAUUUUACAAAAAAAUGACUAAAUUUUAUGUUGCAUAAUAAUUUUGUAUUUUCUCUAUCAGAUAUAAAGAUCAAAAGAAUAUUUUGUAUGUUUUCGUACAGUGGAAAAUUGUUUAUAUUAAUAUUUGUAUUAUAAAAUCAAGAUUAUUGUCUUACAAUAUUAUAAGCCCUUUUAUACUCUCAAACCUUUGAUAAAUUAUUUAAUAGAGUAUACAGUGUAAAAUUCAUAAACAAAAUUAUGAAUCAUCAGUACAAGUAAAUUUUUUCAAGUUAAUACCUAGUUUAAUUUGUGUAAAAAUUAUUUACUUUCAGGUCCGUAAAAAGUUUACUGACUUCUAUAUGAAUAAGACUAAAAUUGUACAAAAAAACUCAUAAUAAAUCUUGGGAUUUUGCAUAUUAAAACAGCAAAAGAUUGAUUCUAAAUACCUUCAUUUAAUACAUUAAUGUAUUAAUAAUUUAAUUAUAUUUAUUUUGCAUGCUCAAUCAUUAACUGCAUGUUUGGAAGCAAUAACUUAAUAAUUUUGAUGAUAAUAUUUGAAUGUUGUUAAACUUUAGUCAACUUAAUAACGUAAUUUUCCUAAUUUUUUCUCUG